CCAUACCGUCAUGGAACAACAGAAGAACUCCAAAGAAUCUUGAAACAACACAGAAUUAAAGUAUAUUACAAAACAACGAACACACUUCGAAAUUCUUUAGUUCGCUUAAAAGAAAAAAAUCCCUUUCAUGUCUACACAGAACUGCGUCUACAAACUAGGUUGUAUCGAUUGUGAUGCCUUCUAUAUUGAAGAGUCAUCUCGCGAAAUCUUGACUCGUGCCAAAGAACAUAUUAAGUACACAAAGAAACCUCCUAGUAAUCUCUUAGAACUGGAUAGACUUCAAAUUAAAUCAGCAAUAGCAGUUCACGCCAUUUUCAACGACCACCAAAUCGAUUUCAAAAAUAUCAAAAUAUUACAAAAAGGCUUUUUCAAUUAUAAAGAAAGGACAGUAGCUGAUGCAUUCCAUAUAAUGCUUAAUUCUACUGCUCUCAAUAGAAAAGGUCUUACCGCACAUCCUACUUGGACUAUCUAUCCUAGCCACCUAGUUUGAUAUUAUUCACAAUCCACACUCUUAUCUUACUUUAUCCUUUCUCACCAUAAAAUUCACACAUUUUUCAUCUUUAACACUGCACACAUAUAUACAAACAAAUUUGCGUAGAUGUCGCUUAUGAAUCACCUUGACGGAAAUGACAUAACAUUGACUUGUUCAGACCUGCUUUUUGAUUAAUCACACCUAAGAUUCUUGUAUUGUUCGUUUAUACUAAUUAAACUUGGA